UCAGGUCAGAAGCUUCCCUGCAGAGAAAAAGCAAGAUGUUUGCAGUUGUCCUCUUCUUCCUUGCCAUCUCGAUGGCGGCUGUUCCUCUGAAAGCAGCUGACAGUGUAAACCUAAUCAAGAAGACGGACGUCACGGAUGUCAUCUCCAAAGCAAACGUUGGAAUAAAGAAGACGGACGUCACGGAUGUCAUCUCCAAAGCAAACGCUAGAAUACAAACUCCACUGAUCUACGGUGACAUUGCUCCAAGCAAAUCGAGGAACGCAGACCCAUGCACAGCUACCGGCUGCAAAUGGCCCAAAUCUGAAAGCUAUGUCUACGUUCCCGUCCAGAUCUCCCCCUUAUACACCCAAGAAGAGCGUAACGUCAUCCUCCGGGGCCUGCUGAGCUUCCACACCUCCACCUGUAUUCGCUUUGUCUGGAAGAAUGUGACCCAUCAGGACUUUGUUUACUUCUACUCCGGAACCGGGUGCUGGUCCAGCCUGGGCCGUCAGGGCGGACUACAGGUCGUGUCUCUGAUGAAAAAUGGCUGCCUGUACCACUCCACAGUGCAGCAUGAGGUCAGCCACGCUCUGGGCUUCCACCACGAACAGGUCCGCUCUGACAGAGACUCCUAUGUCCAGGUCCUCCCUGAGAACAUCAUCCCAGGGAAUGAAAAAAACUUUGAUAAGGUGCAGACUAACAACCUGGGCACUCCCUACGACUUCAACUCUGUUAUGCAUUACAACAAGUAUGGCUUCUCCAAAAACGGCCAACCGACUCUCCUUUCCAAAGCUAAUCCUUCCCUCGACUUUGGAAGGGCCACGUCGAUGAGCGCCAACGACAUCGCCCGCAUCAACAAGCUCUACGGAUGCUAGUAAAGGAGAAACUUCAGCUCGCCAACGUUACCCGGCUCUGACCUGCUCCUCUCACAAAAUCUCAUCUCAAAGCAGCAGAAACUCUUUUUCUGCCGUUUCAUUUACUAUAUAUCUAUAUAACUACAUAACUGCUGAAGACAGUCGUCUCUUACAUAAAGAAGCUGAUUUUUGGAUCAAAUUUUAAAAAAUAUACGGCAGGUUCUCCUGCUGGACGAGUGUGGUAUUACAUCUCCAUCUAACGUCAGAAUACAUAUUGGUGUUUAUCAGUGAAGGAUUUCUUAACAAAAAAGUUUUUCUUUUGAGUUUGGGUUGGCUUUCUUUUUUUGCAUCUACUAUAAAAAAUGAAAAGGAAUGUUUCAAUUGAAGAUAAAUCUAAGGGGAAUUUUGGUUAAGUAAAUUAUGAUGUGUCAUAAAAGCUGUGGAAGAUGGAAAGAUGGAUUGGAAUGGUAUAAAAUGUCUCAAUAAAAGUACAUUUUUCAAGAAUGUACAAUCUAUGGGAAUGUAAAAUGUAAAAGUUUCCCAAUCACAUUUGACCUAAAAAAUGUUUUUAUCAACAUAAUGCAACAAGAUCUCAUCCCACAAGUUUGGUUCUUGUGACCAACAUGUUUGUUUUCUGAGAUUUAACGAUGUUGUAAUCCAUUCAAUCAACUACCAAAUAAAAUGUGAUCA